AAAGUCUCCUGCAGCUGAGUGGAGAGCUCAGUUCAUGGUGAUAAAAUUUGCGUUUCAGGAACAGACUGUAUGAUUGCAGACAUGACUAGCAUUUUGAAGAAGUUUUACCACAUUGUUGCUUUCAUUUGGUAUGUUUUCGUCAUGCAGUCUUUUUAUGCAAAACUAAAUGUAGAUAUACCACCUGGGAUGUUUGUCUAUGGCGGACCCUGGAAAUACCUCACGUUUUUGAACCUGUUCUUACAGAUGGUGUUUUUUGGACUGGCUUCUGCAAAUGACCUUCAGUCUGUGGAGAAAGGCUCAAAACUGUCACUCUUCUGCCUCUGCAAGGACUUGCUCUUUUCUGUCUUAGCGUUUCCAGUCGGAAUGUUCGUAGUUCUGCUGUUUUGGGUGAUUUUUGCAUAUGAUCGACAGCUGGUCUAUCCAGCUUCACUGGACAACCUCUUCCCUUUAUGGAUGAAUCAUGCUAUGCACACUAUUGUUCUGCCAAUCUUGCUUGGUGAGAUCCUGGUGGAGCCACAUAUCUAUCCUAAAACAAAGAAUGGCUUAGCAGCUUUGGGAAUUGCUAGUCUCACUUAUUUUGGAUGGGUGGUUUGGGUGUAUCUAACGGUGGGAAUCUGGGUUUACCCUAUACUGGAAAUGUUCAGCAGCUCAGGAUUGGUCGUCUUCUUCUUUAAUAACAUGCUUAUGCUAGCGCUGCUGUACUUACUGGGACAAACUUUGAACCGUAAAGUUUGGGGGAAAGAACAUCCAAAAUUUACAAGAACUUGAUGACACAAUUCCUCUAAAAGUGUUCUGGUGAACUGGCCCUAUGAAUAUCUGAUAUGAACUAUUUCCAAGUGAUUUGAAUGGCGUCAGUGCAGAAGUUUGAUGUGACACGUUUAUAAUAGUUUUGUAUAUUUUUA